AUGGAGGCACUGCUCGACUUCUCGCGCGAGUUCGAUGUCGGGCUCAUGGAUAAUGUCGUGAUGGCGCUGUACUCGGGAGGUGUACAGCAAGAUCAACAAAUGGCCCAACAGAUCUUGUCCCAGUUUCAGGAACAUCCGGAUGCAUGGACGAGAGUACCAGAGAUCAUGGAGAAAUCUAAAUUUCCACAGGCCAAAUUCAUUGGUUUGCAGAUCUUGGAGAAACUCGUGAACACUCGAUGGAAAUCAUUGCCGGAAGCACAACGGCAAGGUAUCCGAAAUUUUGUCAUUGGAACAACGAUACAAGUUGCUUCAGACGAAGCCUCCAUGCGAAAGGAGAAGACAUAUCUGGCCAAGUUAAACAUUGCACUCGUUCAGAUAUUGAAGCAAGAAUGGCCACACAACUGGCCUACAUUCAUCCCCGAACUUGUUGAAUCAUCCAUGACCAACCUCACUCUUUGCGAGAACAACAUGGCGAUCCUGAAACUGCUCUCAGAAGAAAUCUUCGAUUUCUCAGCGGAACAGAUGACCCAAAACAAAAUCAAGAACCUCAAAAGCCAAAUGUGCGGCGAAUUCUCUGAAAUCUUCAAGCUCUGUUCCGAAGUGCUCGAGAAAGCGCAGAAAGCUUCUUUGAUCAAAGCGACUCUAGAGACUUUGCUACGCUUCUUGAACUGGAUACCCCUCGGAUACAUCUUCGAAACCACAAUUAUCGACGUUCUCUUAACUAGAUUCCUAGAAGCCCCCGAAUUUCGCAACGUCACUCUCAAAUGUCUGGCCGAAAUUGCCGCACUAAAUGUAGGACCAGAAUAUGACCCUAAAUUCGUCAUACUAUUCGCGAUGGUCAUGACUUCCGUCAACCGAAUGAUACCCCCGAGCACCGACAUUGCACAAGCCUACGCUAAUGCUGGUGAUGCCGGCCAAGAGCUUGUCCUCAACCUCGCGCUCUUUCUUUGCAAUUUUCUCUCCAACCAUCUCAAAGCUGUCGAAGCCGAACAGAAUCGUGACGUACUUCUCAACGCCCACCUUUACAUGGUCAAAAUAUCGCAAGUGGACGAGCGCGAGGUUUACAAGAUUUGUCUAGAGUACUGGCUGAGGCUUGUCACGGAGUUGUAUGACGAACUACAAAGCCUACCCAUCGGCGAUUCUAGCCUUUUGAUGGGCUUGAAUCUGGAUGGUGGUGCACCAGGCAUGCUCAACGGUCUAUCGCUGCGAAAGAACAUUUAUAGCGAUGUUCUGUCGAAUUUGAGACUGGUAGUCAUCGGACGGAUGGUGAAGCCGGAGGAGGUCCUCAUUGUUGAGAACGACGAAGGCGAGAUCGUUCGAGAGUUCAUGAAGGAGAGCGACACUAUAGUGUUGUAUAAAUCCAUGAGGGAGUUGCUGGUCUUCCUAACCCACUUGGACGUCGUGGACACAGAGAAUAUCAUGACCGAGAAGUUGGCAAAGCAGGUGGACGGCUCUGAGUGGUCAUGGAAUAAUCUGAACACGCUAUGUUGGGCUAUUGGCUCGAUUUCUGGGGCCAUGAACGAGGAGUCCGAAAAGCGAUUUUUGGUUACUGUUAUCAAGGAGCUUUUGGGCCUUACCGAGAUGAAGCGCGGCAAGGACAACAAAGCUGUCGUUGCGUCAAAUAUCAUGUACAUCGUCGGACAAUACCCACGUUUCCUCAAGGCUCAUUGGAAGUUCCUCAAAACGGUGGUCAAUAAACUAUUUGAGUUCAUGCACGAAACACAUGAAGGUGUCCAGGAUAUGGCUUGCGAUACGUUUAUCAAGAUUGCCCAGAAAUGCAGAAGGCACUUUGUAAUGCAGCAGUCUGGGGAGCAAGAGCCCUUUGUUGAUGAGAUCCUUCGACUACUUCAUCGCAUCACCGUAGAUCUUUCGCCGCAGCAGGUUCACACAUUCUAUGAAGCCGUUGGAUACAUGAUAUCUGCGCAACCCAACAAACCGCAGCAGGAGAAAUUGAUUGCCAAACUAAUGGAACUACCCAACAAUGCAUGGGAUUCUCUAAUGGCUCAAGCCGCCCAAAACAUGGACGUACUGUCAAGCGCGGAAAACAUCAAGAUUUUAUCGAAUGUUUUGAAAACAAACGUCUCCGCAUGUACCUCCAUCGGAAGUUUCUACCUUCCCCAAAUAGGCAGAAUCUUCCUGGAUAUGCUGGGGCUGUAUAAGGCCGUUAGCGGUAUCAUCAGUGAAACUGUCGCAAAGGAAGGCUUAAUCUCCACGAAGACACCGAAGAUCCGACAACUUCGCACCGUUAAGAAGGAAAUUCUAAGGUUAAUGGAGACUUACAUCAAGAAGGCGGAAGACCUCGAUGCAGUUAACGCCAACUUCAUCCCUCCACUCCUCGACGCCAUCCUCGGCGACUACAAUCGCAAUGUACCCGCUGCUCGAGACGCUGAAGUACUGAACGUGAUGGCUACCAUUACUAACCGUUUGGGCCCGCUACUGACACCUCAAGUCCCUGCAAUCCUCGAUGCCGUCUUUGAACCGACGCUGAAUAUGAUCAACCAAGACUUCGCCGAAUUCCCAGAACAUCGUGUUGGCUUCUUCAAGCUAUUGCGUUCAAUCAACCUCAAUUGUUUCCCAGCCCUUCUAUCUAUUCCUCCGGCCCAGUUCAAACUGUUCAUGGACAGUAUCAUCUGGGCCAUCAAACACACCAUGCGAGAUAUCGCUGACACUGGCCUUAAUAUCUGCCUUGAAGUCUUUGAUAAUUUCGCCGGUGCAGCGGAUCCCGCCGUCAGCAAUGCCUUCUUCCAGCAAUACUUCCUAAGCGUCCUGCAAGAUAUAUUCUUCGUGCUUACGGACACAGAUCACAAGAGUGGUUUCAAACUUCAAAGUGUCCUUCUUGCUCGUAUGUUCAACCUCGUCCAGACUGGGGUUGUUCAGGCGCCAUUGUUCGAUCCUGCAACGGCGGCCGAUGCAAGCAUGACGAACGCUGUGUUCCUGCGAGGUUAUUGUGCGAACCUUCUACAAGGGGCCUUCCCCCACCUCCAUCAAACGCAAGUUGAAGCGUUCGUCGUUGGUCUCGGCGAAUAUCACAAUGAUAUCAACCGAUUCAAGCUCGCCCUUCGAGACUUCCUCAUUCAACUCAAGGAGUUUGCUGGCGACAACGCCGAACUAUAUCUGGAAGAGAAGGAAGAAGAAGCACAGAGAAAAACGGAAGCCGCGAUGCGCAUUCCUGGAAUGCUCAAGCCGUCGCAACUGGAGGAUAGGGAUGAGGAUAUAUGA